AUGAAUAAAUGUGAUAAAAUUGAAGAUUCCUCAGCGGAGCACUAUAUACGAAACGCAUCCCAGUUGAAUUGUGAGUUAAACGAAGAAUCUUGCGCAUGGCAAAAUGCUGAAACAGAUCACUUGCUAGACACGUCCGACUUCUAUAGGUUCAUCAAAGCUGAUGAUGAAAUGUUCCCGUUACAAGUACGCGUUGGUGAUCCUCAUCCACGAAUUGGUUCACUAUUCUUGUUGGCUGGAAAUUCUACGUCAACACCUCAGAGCGCAGUUCUUGUCAGCGCACCGCUUGCGUGUCAGAAAUCUUAUGGAGAAUUGAGCUUCAAAUACUGGCUUUACGGUAAUGCGCUUAUUGAAGUGGUUGUAUUGAAGCCGAUGAAUCCACAACGACGACGAUUGCAGGUUUUACGUCGUGUGCCAAUGCAAUGCCAUGCACUGAGACCAACAAAUGAGACGUGUCUGGUGAAAAUACCAGAUAUGAGUGAGCCGUUUCGCUUGGGCAUACGAGCGUUUCAUCUACAAGACAAAUCGACAGGAAGUUUCGUGAUGAUUUCAAAUAUACAUUAUGUGGCUAAUGGCAUUUGCCAUGAGACAACAUUAUCAAAUAUAUUCGGUGGACGUGCACUGCCUUGGAAUACGGUUCAACAUGCAAUCGCACAACGUGCAUCCGAUUUCAACUGUAUCGACUUUACGAGAGCAUGUCGAUGGUCCACUUCGAUUGGCACUAAUUCCGAGUGGAAAGUUUCAAACAAUCUCAAAAAAUGGUCCGAGUUUAUGCAUACAAAAACACACUACCCAAACGGCACCUACUUCUAUCAGUAUGUUGAUGGUAUGAACAAGAAGCCGUACGCAUUGCUUCAAUCUGAAAUGAUUCCAUGCACUCGAACUGUCUCAUCUCUAUCAUUCAGAUACUGGCUGAGACCAGGAACGCAGGUGCAGAUCUGUUCGAUGACUGAUUUGAACGUUGUGAUCAGUUGUGCUUACUUGAGUGAUCUCGAUUCACCAGGACCGAUCAACGUCGAUGUUGAUGCCCCAUCCGAUGAACCGUUCCGUUUCGUCUUUGAAAUGAUAGAAUUCGAUCGUUCCAAAAGUGGUCUUGUGGUAAUUGACGACUUACAAUAUACCGGUAAACUCUGUAGUGAACCAGUCGAGCCAAAAACAACCACAAUUAAUCCUCUUUUCAUCGCAGAUUUGUUCGCAUUACAGCCUGGACCUCAAGGAGUUCAAGAAUAUUCAACAUCAUUGGAUUGUGACUUUGAAGUUGAUUUUUGUACACAAUGGGAAAGUGACGGUAAAUGGGAGUACGGUGUUACGCCGAAUCAGGAAUUCUUCGAGUGGCCGUCAAUUAUCGAAGGAAAUGUUGUUGUUGCCGUGUUGAAUGCUAGUAUCGGUCUGAAUACGGCGAUAUUGCAGUCUCGUUUAGUACCUUGUAAUCUCACGAUCGAUGCGAUCUCAGAAGAAUCACCGUUCAACAUUCGAAUAAUCGCCGAUUCUAGUGGUAGAGCGGCAUCGAUUGCAAUUAUUCGUCGUAUUGAUACAAGUGGUGAGGUGUGUGAGUUACCAUCACUGAAUAAACUCGCUUGUGAAGCACUUCAAUGUGACUUUAAAGAAGAUCGUUGUGCUGCUUACACAAAUGAUGCUCACAUCGAUGCUGCUAAUGGUCCACGAUUUGAACUGGUUGAGCAGUUAAACGACGGUAGACUGCCAUCAUCAGCAAAUGCAAGUUUGAAAGCUACAAUCGACGGUCGAAAUGGUGUGAUGGCCAUCCUUCAUUCACCUCGAUUUCAGUUGACCAGGCCAAUUGAAAUGGAAAUCAUGCUUCAUCAGCCAACUUUUGGCUCACAAACGUUCGUUUGCGCCGAUGAUGAAGCCGUUAGUGGUGGCGCUCAAUCGUCGCAAACGAGACAGUCAAAUAACGAUAGGGUUACCACAAGCUCACAUCAGAUAACCACGGCGAAUUUUGAACAUUGCCAGUUGAUUCAAGGACCUAAAAUCGACAUUCCUCGAGUCACACCAAUUCGGUUCUUGAUUGACACGAACGUUGAACGCUUUUCGCUGAUCGCUUUCCACGAUAAAGCUGCACAGUUCGGUACGGCCACCUUUACGAUAACUUCAAUUCGAGUACUCGAUGCAGAUUUUGGCCAAUCCAUUUGCUGA